UCCGGGUUCGCCACCGGCAAUAACCGGGCCACCGCCUAAUCUUCUUAACAAGAGACCUGGCUAUUAUCAGGGUAACGACGGUCUGCCAACAAAGAAGCCUCGAAUAUCGCAUUAUAAAAAGCCCGAGCCUAGCUCGAACGCAUCCUCGUCUUUGUCUUCCACUUCUUCCAAAGCCGGCGAGAGCGGAAGGACGACAGGUAGUGCUGUUAGUGGUGGUGUCGUUGUCGGUGCCGGUAUUGGUGGGAAUGCCUCUAACGGUAGUGGUGGUAGUGGUAGUACUAGUGUAGGUACUAGCGGUAACGCUGGUUUAUUUGAUGUCUGGGACCAGAGACAGCAACAACAACAGCAGCAGCAGCAGCAGCAACAGCAGCAACAACAACAGCAACAGCAACCACAACGCGAACGCCGUGCCGAUUAUCGGGCCGAAAGAACAUCGAACAGUGAAGUGUUACGAGGUAGCGGUAGCUACGCCAACGGCAACAAAACUAGUUCAACGACGAUGAAUAACAUCGGCGACGCGAGCAAUCAAAGCGACUCCGUUAUCUCGAGCAGCGAGAGCAAUACCAUGAACGUCAACACCGUCAGCCAUAAUUCCCAUAAUAGUCUAACUCAUAAUAAUUCAACGUGCAACAAUCGUAAUCACCACGGUGUUGGUGCCGCCAGUGGUGGUAAUAGUGGUGGUGUUAGUAGUGUGGUUAGUAGUGGUGGUGGUGGUGGUGGUGGUGGUGGUGGUGGUGGUGGUGGUGGUGGUGGUGUUGGUGUUGGUAGUGGAGGAGGAGGAAGCGGCGGCGGGCCUGUUAGCAAAUCGAUCCCAGCCAGUAGUGAAAAUAGCAUUGGUUCGAGUGUAGAUCAUAUUGCGCGCAACGUGGCUAAUUCCACGACUGGUCCAGGAAACAUCGCUACGGGUGGAGUUAGUGUUGGUUCUGGUGGUUGUACCAAUAGUACUAGCGGUGGUUACAGUGCUAUACCAAACGGUACGAUCAACGAGCGAAAAGACAGAAGCGAUCGGGUUCGCGGCGAUAGAGAGAGAGAAUCAAGAAAGAGGAAUAGUGCCAGCAACGGCGGCACGUCCCUCUCGACCACGGAUCAUAAUCUCGUCAAUCUUCCUGUCUCUGAGUACAACGAUAACACCGAUGAUAACACCGUCACGACGUCCACGUGCAAUGUCGAUUCGCCGGAAAGCCACAAGUUUACCGACUACCCUAGCUACCUCGCAUAUUAUACGACAAUAAGCAGCCUGGAACAGAGACGACGUUAUAAAGCUGAAUUUAACGCGGACUACGAGGAAUAUAAAAGAUUGCACGCUCAAAUGGCGAUGGUCUCGGGACGUUUCAAGCAAUUGGAGGAGCGCCUGAAGGAAGAGGAAGCGAUGGGCAAUAUAGAAGGAUGCAAGGAGGUCAAACGGCAAAUUCUUAUGGAGUAUAACGAAACGAAGCGCGAUCCGAUGCAAAGGGAGACGAAACGUCGCUUCCAUUAUCUGCACGAAAAGUUGAGCCAUAUAAAGAGACUGGUUCUAGAGUACGAUACGCUAAACAGUAGCGGAAGUAUGAUGCUCAUGACGAUGAUGGCCAACCGCAAGAUGGGUGAUACAGGCGAAAUGGAUACUAUACAUUACUGACAUACGAUGAAAAGGCCGGCUUUCUUUGACUACGUCUGUUCUCGGUUGUCGGUACGCUACAGUCGCGACUUGGUCGUUGUCGCAGAAUUUGCAUUUUCUCGGCAAAGUUGCAAGGCUGAACUUCUUAACGGUCCUUAUGGUUCCUGGAUUAAUUAUCGCCGAAAAAUUAAACUUAACUGAACUGAAUGGGGGUUGCGCGACUCGAAAACGAAUGCCGCUCGACGAAUCUUCCUGCCCGUACUGCGAGAAUCGAUGGGAGAACGCGUUUCCAAUUUUAUUCUCCAACUUUUCGACUUUCUCCGUUUGCGCAGAGAGCACAUUGCGAUGAGCUAACUGUCGAACUGGCGUUUUAAAUUCGACCAAUGCUAAGCUUCUCGGUUUAUCGCAGAUUAUAUAAAACAUGAAAAGGCUGACGACAAUCGGUACGUUUAAAAGGCAAAGAUGCAAAAUGAAAAAGAAAAAAAGAGAAAAAGAAAAAAAGAAACAAAAAAGGAAAAAAAAAGAAGAAGAAGAAGAAGAAGAAGAAGAAGUAAUAAAACGAGAGAAAGGGGGAGAAAGAAGUGAUCGGCUAAUAUCUCGAAGGCGGGCGUUGUGCGGUAGCGGUGAGUGGGGAAGCGGCCGAAGAUCUUUCCAUAUGCUCGCGUACGUUGCGAGAUAAGUAAGUAGACACAUAUAUGUCGAGUUCAAAGCUCGCACCUCCUCCACGGCCACGACGACGCAACUUGGAAAAGUCAAAGUAUGACGGGGCAACGAAGAGAGUAGACAGUGAGAGAAAGAAAAGAGUAGUUUUAAUUCUAACAAAAAGUUACUUUACCGUGCGCACGCGUCCAAGUGUGUCGUCCAGUUUAAAAGUGUUAGGUAUAGAUUAAAAGAAAAGAAAAAGGAAAAAAAAAAAAAAAAAAAAAAAAAAAAAAAAAAUAAAUCUAAAAUCGCGCGAAGAUAGAAGAGGGUCCAAGAGGUACUCUUGGGUUGAUCACGUGCCAAGCGUUCUCAAAACUGCAUAUUCUUCACCUUUCUGUCGAAAGGGAAUGAAAGAGAAAAAGAAACAAGAAUAAAGAAAUGGACGAAAAUAAAUGCGCAGGAAUAUCGUUUACGAGCUACUAGUGCACGCGGAUCUCCCAGGAUUCAUAUACAUUUAUAUUGCGACCGUAUAUGCUCGUACUUUCUUUAGGACAGAUAGAUAAAUAGACGGAGAGAGGAACAGUGCAAAGAGGGGUGAGGGGGGAGGCCGGUUGGGUUAGGGAGACAGAGUACGUGGAGGUUAAAAGGAGAGAGAAAGAAAAAGCAUGAGAAUCGUUGAGAUGAUUCGUCGUAGACGAUCGAAUUGUAUCGUGCACAUUACAUAUCGUGCAUAGAAAAAUCAGCAUUUUGCCUUGGACAGAUCGUAGUAUAAUCGAAGCUUAUUGUGAUCGCUUAAAGUUACAGAAUCUAUCUUAUUGUAUAUCUUUUACGAUUAACUCCUGAUACAUAAUGCAUUUUAUCUUAUCGUUAGAUACUAUGCGCGUCCACGAUUUGACCAUUUCUUUCGCGUCCAUAUAUACCUAUAUAUAAAACUUUCUUCGUAUUAUUAUUGUUAAAACGCAUAAAGAUUUCUUCUUACGUUAGAUCUUGUAAGUAAUCCUGUUUUCUUAGAAGUAAUUGUUUCCAACGUUUUUCAAUUAGAAGAGAGAUAGUUUGUUGCUUUUUUCUCUACUUUAUGGACCUGUUUUUAUAAUAUUACGAUGGGAGAUGCAGCAUAUGUAUAUAUAUACAUGUAUAUAUAUAUACACACACACACACACACGCGCGCGCACGCACACACGCGCACACACAUACAUACAUACAUACAUACAUACAUGUGUGUGUGUGUGUGUGUGUGUGUGUAUGCAUGUAUGUGAUAGAAGCCACGAAUAGCAUGUUAUACGCGUCACAUAAGCAUGAGCGACAAUCGGUGUAUUAAUUCUCUUUCCCGUUUAAAUCUGAGGUAUUCCCAGCAAGGUAUUUUACCGUUUAUCCCUUGUUUAGGAAAUAAAUUCUUUACAGCUUAUUUUAUUUUAUUACAUUUUUAUAACCUGUGCAUAUGAAAUAUAUAAGAAAGAAGAAAAAUCCAGUCCCCUAAACCGUAAGAUUAUAAUUUAUUGAGGAUCCCUUUAUGCGAAAGAAAAUAAUAACGGCUAAAGGUAUGCCUAAAACUAUUAGGAUGGGAAAGACAAUUGUUUGUUUUUGCUCGUCGUAUUCUUUGUUUUCGAUAGAGCUAUGUAAAAUCGACCAAACCGUCCUUCCAGAGCUCCAGGGACAAGAAACAACUUAGUAAAUGUCUAUUAUAUCUAUGACAAUUGGGAACAACUAUUUUCUGCUACGAUGCUUCUGUCUAUACAAAGAACAGAAAGAGAAAAGGCAGUGAACAUCAUUGGAAAAAAAGAAGCCAUCUGCGCAAGCUCGAUCGCCUUAUCCUCCACUUCCAAAUGCACUGAUUUUAUUUUGGAAAAAUACAUACAUGCAUACAUACAUACAUACAUAUAUAUAUGUAUAUGUAUAUGUGUGUGUGUGUGUGUGUAUGUGUAUGUAUGUAUGUAUGUAUGUAUUUAUUUGGACCAUUUCCUUCGAACGUUGCCAAGUUAUAACUUUGCAUUGCAUUUUUGUCAUCGCGUCAUUAUUUCCGUCUUCCCUUACUUAAAGGUUCGACUGACAUUCCCUUUUUUCCAAUCAUCUUCGUUUCUUCUUUUGAUGUAAGUAAAAAGAAGAAUACACUUGUAAUCGUAAAUCUAAGAUUCUCUAUUCUUACGAGAAAAAGUGUUGUGAUAUAGCACCCACUUUUAUCGUAAAAGAUACACUCAUGAAAAACGAAUUAGCUUUGCUUUAUUUUACAGAAACAAACACACACACACACACACACACACACACAUAGACGACACAGAAGCAGAUGCGAAGAAGCAGUACGGAGUCGAACACGACGCUUAUGAUCCUCACACGAUGGAAAUAUGUCCAGUUUAGGAGAGUUACUAAUUUAGAAUAUCAUGUGAAAUGAUAUUUACUCGAUUUGACUUUCAUUCGUAUUAAUUUAAUCCAUAUCUACUUAAUCGUUAAUUUUAUAAUACCAUAUGAGAAAGCAAAGAAAUUUUAAUUUAACCUUCCAAGCCUGACAACAAAAAUUUUAUAUUAUUUCAUUUGUUUGUAUAUCCUGAUUUUUGUUAACGUAUUAUUUGGUAUAUUAAAAAGCAAAGAGAAAUAUUUUUAUUGAUUAGUACUCUAAAGAUUUGUUUCUUAUUAUAACGACGGUUGAGCGUAGUUCGAUAGAGAGGAUAUUGUUAUUUGUACGCGUAAAUACACAAGACUAACUGCUCGAUGAAGAGGAUAACUUAAUGCCAAUAGAAUAUCUGUAUGGCACAGCGUUGACGAGAAAACUUUGUUAACUUUACUUGCAACAAGAAUCAGGAGAAGAAACACGAUAUGAUAUAUACAUAUAUAUACACACACACACACACACACACACACACACACAUAUAUAUAUAUAUAUCAUAAACUAUUUUUAUAUAUAAACGUACAUAUUCCCCAUAGAUAUGAAACUAAGAACGUGUGUGUGUUCGUAAUAUAAAAAAUAUAAAAUCUGAAAAAAAAGUAAAAAAGAUCAAAACUUUAUAAGUUGUGAUUAAAGGUAAAGGAAUUGGUUAAUAUAUUUCAUUGUUAUAUAUAAAUUGGAUAUUAUUAUAUAUUGCUAUUUGUAGAUAUUUAGGAGUUCUGUUUUCUUUCCUUGCUCUUAACGUGCAUUUAAGAAUGUAAUAAAAAUAAAAUCAAAUAUUAAUUUGUGCGUUUCUUUACUUUUCAACACUCUCCGUUCUUGUUGCGGAAAUUUCGAUUUAAUCGAAACCCUAAUUGUCGUUUUAAAUUCGAUCGCUUGCAUUUCAAAUGUUAAUAAAGAAAUCUCUAUAAUAACCAUUGCUCUAUUAAUUCUUUCUUAUCGUUCACAUGCUGUGUCAUACAUAUCGAAUUUUGUAUUAAUUUUGAGGCUCGGGACUGACAUGAGAUCUAUGCGAAUCAACGAGCAAGAUUUUGUAGUUACCAAGUUGUACCAUUCAAUGAUUCUUUGUAAAUAUUAUUGUAAUUAAUACUUUUAUUCUUUGAAGAUAAUUUCGUUGAUAGUGAUAUACAUACAUACAUACAUACAUAUAAAUAAGAUAAUAUUCUCUCUCUCUUUCUCUCUCUCUCUCUCUCUCUCUCUCUCUCUCUUCCUCCCUCCUUUCUCUUCUUCUUUCUCUUCUUCCGUACAACAUAUACAUACACGCGUAUAUAUACGUGGGUGCGUAUAUCUACGUAUGUAUGUUACGUUGUAUGCGAAUUAUCAGAGACGAAUAAUAUUAAUUUAUAAUCUAUGAAAGAGAAAAACAGUGCCAAAGGGCAGAUCAUCUUAGAGAAGCAUUCGGUAAAAUAGAAAAUAAUACAAAUUUUGUAUGCGCUAUUUAUGAAAGGAAAAAAUGCACGACCAAUGGACAGAUUAAGGAAUUCUUUUUACUAAUACCAUGCUAUAACUUUAUCGAAAAAUCAUUAGAUGUAAGAGAAAUAUUGUUUCUUGAAAUUUUGUCUUUUUGUUAUUAUGAAGAUGGAAUUGCUUUUGGAAAUUUAUUUAACGUUGACAAAAAACGAUGCACUGUUUCUUUCUUGGAGAUGUUUAUUACUUUACGUUCCCUUUGGAUAUUAUUUUCUCUUAUCCUGAUGAGUUCUAUCGAUCUUUCAUAUUUUUCGAUUGAACAAUACAGUAUAUAUGUGCAAUUGCGAAUAUUCGUCGUUUCAUGUUUGUUCGACGAUUAUUUCGCCAAAAGAAACUUAUGCCUUCGAAACGAAUCAAAACGUAUUAUAAGAUUGAAAUAUUUUCAUCCAAUUAUAAAUUUAACCAAUCGCAAUUGAUUUUUCCUUAUUUGAAAAUCUUAUCCCUUAUCUUUCUCUCCCCCCCUCUCUCUCUCUCUCUCUCUCUCUCUCUCUCUCUCUCUCUCUCUCUCUCUCGUAUAUAUUCAAAAGUUAAAACUACAUACGUGAGAAACAAAAAGAGAGAACAAAUACGUAGCACUUAUUUUAAUCGAUUGUUAAUAAACUCAAAUCAAAAUCUUGACCGAAAACGAUCUGACAUCGUUUAAGAGGAUUUAACUCCCGAAUUUUCUGCUUUUGUUUUAUCCUCGGAAACAAUCUCAAUGUUUCCACAAACGUUUGUAUUUUAAAUUUGCGUCGAAAUCAAAAUACCAAAAUAUUCGUCGCUAUAAUGAAAAACAAAAGAAAGAAACGAAGAUGAUUUGCAAAUUCGCGUUUUAGUUUUUCUCGCAGAGUGUGUAUAAAGUGUCUUAUAAUAUAAAAAAAGGAAAAAGAAAAAAGAGAAAAAGUAAAAGAAAACAAUACAAUAUUACGAUACGCUAAAUACUGCCUGAAUAGUGUCUCGUUAUCAACGUUGAAGUAUCGUUGAGUGAUCGUAAUCGCAUAGACUUAAUAUAAACGAAAGUAACAUCGAUGAGAAAAUAUACAAAUCCUAUUGGCGUCUCUCUCCCUCUCUCUCUCUCUCUUCCACCUCUUUCUCUCUCUCUCUCUCUCUCUCUCUCUCUCUCUCUCUCUCUCUCGCUCGCUCGCUCGCUCGCUCGCUCGCUUUUUCUCUUUCUCUCUUUCUUUUCCACCAUUUCCUAUCAAGACGCAUAUACAUUUACGUAAUUUACCCAUUGAAAGGUGAAAAAAUCCAAGUGCCAAUUGUAAUGAAGCGUGAAUAAAUGACUAUAGAUAUUAUAUAUACAUACGUAUACACAUACAUCUCACGUGCAUUAUUUCAUACGCGAAAGUUAAUGACGCAUCAACAAAGGUUGUAAACGAGGAAGGAAGUUCGAAUGAAAUGACAUUUCUACGUCGGAUUGGCGUGGUUGAAGCGAUGAUUAGAAAUAAAAAAUAAAUGAAAAAAGCUCGAGCCUCUUUCCUCGACGGCACAAGUGCCGUAUGAUAAUCGAAAAUAAAAAAUGAACGUAUUGUCUAAAUGAAUUUUUAAAAGAGUUGCGUUAUCGUGUCUUACAAAAGGACUUUGUAUAAAAAGAAUAAAUAUCGCGUAGAUUUUAAAUCAAGUAUCGUUAGUUUUAUAGAUAGGCAUUGUCAAUAUUUGUCCUUUUUUCGUUAUUUUACCCACGUUUCUUCUUUCUCCUCUCGCUGCAUAUUGUUCUGCCUUUAUUCUCUCUCUCUCUCUCUCUCUCUCUCUCUCUCUCUCUCUCUCUCUUUUAAUUUCAUCGAUUUAAUCAUCUAAAUUAUCGCUUUUUCUUAUUUCAAAUCCUAUUAAUAUCGUUUGAUUCUACAUCCCUCUCCUUUCAUUUUAUAUCUUUAUAUAUAUGUUUAUCUUUCGUCCAAUACGCACACGAUGUUGAACGUUGAUCUAUGUAUGUAUCAAACAUUUGGAGUAAAAAUCAAACGAAACGUUCAACCUUUUUGAAUUUAACAAUAAAAAGAAUUGCUAGCAAAAGAUGGACGACGAUGGAAACUAGAAAAAUAAAUGGAAAACUUUAGUACUUUAAAUCAAGUACGGGACGUCUAAUUGAGGGUUCCCUCUAUUAUUAUUAUUAUUAUUAUUAUUAUCAUUUUUAUUAUUAUUAUUAUUACUAUUAGCAAUAGUAGUAGCAGUAAUAGUGCAGUAGCAGUAGAUGUAGUAGUAGCAGUUGGAAUAGCAGUAGCAGUAGUGUAGUAGUAGUGAAUAUAAUCUUCCGUAUCUUCUUUUCUCAAACGACAGGCGUACUCGUUCCGCUGACGGGUUUUACUUUUUCUAGAAAUGGGAUAUGAGAGAGUGAGAGAGAGAGAUAUAUAGAGAGUGAGAGAGAGAGAGAGAGAGAGAGAGAGAGAGAGACAUGCAUGUCCGUUUUUAUAUUGCGCGUAGUACUAUACUUUUUGACUGUGAUGCUAGAGAUUUUGUUAUACAUAAAAAUCACCCGUGUACAUUUCGUUAAUUUCGUUUGAGAUCGAGUAUGAAUGUGAUGGAACGUUAUAGAUGAAGAAAUGAAAUUGGGUAGGAGAGAAAGAGCGAUAGAAUAGAAAAAGAGAAGGAAAUUUUAAAACAAUAUUGUUAUCUCUUUCUCUCCAUUACUUGAAUAAUUUUUUGCGAGAUCGCGCAAGAAUAUUGCCUUUAUAUGUUGAUAUCAUUAGGGAUGAUUGAACGUGCUAAAUUCGAAACUCUUCUCUCAAAAUAAUCACUGGUAGAAGAGAAAGCAAAGAAGGAAGAGAAAAGGAUUCCCCGCGCGUUCUUCGAUCAUCGUAGUCGGAAGAUUAAUCAAGAUUUCUAAUAACGAAUAAAGUUUUUCUUGUUUUAUACUCUACAAAAUGUAUCACGCAUUUCAGCCGGUAGAGCGAUGAUCGAUGUCGCAACGUCGAAACAUCAAGAGCCAUUACGCACUGUCGACCAGUCUCUUGCGAUUUGCUCGACGAAAGAUGAAAAAUCAGCCGACCAAAUGAGUCCUCCGUGAAUCCCUCGUGUUUUCGUAAUGGCCGUGAUCAGGUGCUUGCGAGCUCAUAUAUUCUUACGAAUGUAGACAUUUCUGGGGAUUUAGUCGCUAAAGCCUGGUCUAGACUGCGUAACGGCAAAGAGUAGAGUCUAUAGUGUGCUCGCGCGCGUGUGUGUGUGUGUGUGUUCGUGCGCGAGAGAGAGAGAGAGAGAGAGAGAGUAAACGAAGAGAAAAUAAAAGAGAAUCGACGCGGCAGCUAUUAUUAUUACGUACAUAUAUCAUAAUUGUUAUUUGAAUGUAGGUUAUUAAACAACUAACUAAUAAAGAUAGCGUUGAAAAUGGCUUGGGAAAAGAAUGCAGCAAUGUGACGCAUAAUGACGUUAAGAUGAUAAUGAAGGAAAAGUCAGGUUUGAUUUUGCUAAUCCUCCAUUAUCAUCGUAUAACUCUGGAAUAAUUAGAGCGUUGAAAAUUGAUGAAAGGAUUUUCGUGUAUUUAGGAUUGAUAUAGGGAUCAACUAGAGAGCAAGAAACUCGUUAAAUAUAGCAGCAAUCGGUUUAAAACGAUUAUAAGGUGCGUGUAAAAAUGCUUGCGUUUUGUGUGUUACUACGUUAUUUAUUAUUCACAUUUCUUAAUAACAUGAGAUAUUUCACCAUGAUCAAAAAAUGAUGUCGUCUCUUUGAUCCAAUAGAAUUCUUAUCCUCGUGGCUUAUCCUCGUACGAUAUCUCUUUCACAUAAUCUCUCUCUAUCUACGUAUGUAUUUACACACGUAUGUACAUAUUAGAUACAUACUUUGUGUAGGUGAAAAUAAUAAGUGAAAAGUAAAUAACUUUGAGACUCUUCGCAUGGAUUAUGAUUCAAUCGGUUGCAUUUCUAUUCGCAAUAGAAAAAUACGAAAAGAAUAUUUCGCCAGUGACACGAUGUCACGAAAAUCGGUGAUCAUCUACAUCGAUCUUUUAGCUAAGGCCUUUGACAUGAUGGGUGCUCUCGGGUUGAAUGGAACUCACAGAUAACGAUAUAAAAGACUAUCGUAGAAUUUCUAUUCUAUUUCUGUCGCGACGAACGUUGGACGAAAGAGAACAAAACUUUUCACGCCUUUCCUUUCUUUUCUCUAUUCUUUCUUUUUGUUUUCUUUCCUUUUUAUUUUUCUACGGCUGGCGACGGCGAUUCAAGUAUUUUUGACGUUACCCUGUAUAAAUAUAUAAACGAUGUACCGGCGAUUCUUUUAUUGCUCACCUCGACAAAGGCUCGUAUAUUCAUUAUAUAGUUGUAUAUUUACCUAUAUAUUUACAGUGAAUGUAUACAUAUAUAUAUGUAUGUGUGUGUGUGUAUAUAUAUAUAUAUAUAUAUAUAUAUAUAUAUAUAUAUAUAUAUAUAUUAUAUUCACUAAUUACAAGUAUACAAAAUAAAAGAGACACGGAUAAAGUGGAAUUAUAUUGUUGGCUAAAUUGAGUCGAACGUUUUCGACUCGUUAGAAAUGUCUUCGGGAAAGAGCGGAAAAGUUCGCCGUGUAGAGUGAACUUACGUUUCUUGGUUUUCUAUCGUUUUCCUCUAUAUUUCUCUCUUGCUCUUUCUUACUCUUUCUUACUCUUCUUCCGUAGAACGUAGGGAAGGUGAAAAAACUGAUGCUUUUGGCGUAUAAGCAUGAUUUUCAUUUCAUCUAUUUUACGCAGAUUUUCUUUCUAUACAUAUAUACAUAUAUAUAUACAUAUAUAUAUAUAUAUAUAUAUAUAUUUAUAUAUAUUUAUAUAUGUAUAAUAUGUGGAGAGAGAGAGAGAGAGAGAGAGAGAGAGAGAGAGAGAGAGAGAAUGGAGUUUGCAAACGAUCUAUUACAAGUCGUCGAGAAAAGUCGAGCGAAUACGUGCCUACGAAGGAGAGAAAAGAAGAUACAACAUAUGCCUAGAUCAACGUGGUCGAUAUUGUCUCGGCUUCUCAUCUUUUUCCGUUCUUUCUUCGGUCGGUGCCUCGCGUUUGAACUUAUCGCGUGCUUUUAUUUUAUUCGGGAAUCGUGCAUGUUACGUGAGAGUAUCGAAUGAAAAAUCGCAAGAAAAAAGGAGAAGAUAAGAGAGGAGGAGGAGGAGGAGGAGGAGGAGAGAAAUCAGAAACGUGCUGCGGUUACGAUGAGUCGAAUACGACCAAUGAUUGUUACGUUGACGAUGUGCUUACGGAGGAGUAUAGUAUAAAAUAAAGUGUAUUUUAAGGAUAGAUCGAGCGAGGGAAUUCACGUUUAAGUUUAUGAUAACGAGUUACGCUGCUGAAUGUGGUUAGUGCAUAUAAAAUACAGAAAUAAAUAAAGGAAGAAUUAGGCGUAUACUACUUUAAUCUACACCAAGCACGACGUUCUCGAAUCGAAUUCAUUUUUUUUUUUUUUUUUUUUUUUUUUUUUUUUUUUUUUUUUUUUUUUUUUUUUUGUCAAAAGAGGCGAAGGGAAAAAAGCGUUAAAAUGGUGGACGAUCAGCGGCGACCUAUUCGAAUAUCGAUAGUACCACAUAUCGUCCCAGAUGAUUUCCGUCCCAAGGUGGGCAAUAAUUGCAUCGACGCGCCUGAGAAAAUAAGAAUUUCUGUCCUUUGUUACUCGGAAGAAAGCUCGGAAGAAAGGAAAAAACGAAAGAAAUAAAUUUAAAUUAUAAUAAUAAUAAAAAAGAAAAAAAAAGGAAAAAAAAAAAAAAUACAAAUAGUCCAUCCGUCGUAUCUCCAGGCGCGUCGUAUUUUUGGAAGGAGUGCUCGAUACUUUAUUUCUUGUCGUCCGUCAUUCUCUCGUUUUUCUCCAAAACUGUCGCAAUCACCGUUUCAAUCUCCUUUUUAUUUUUUACCGUGGAAGACGAACGCGGAACGAAUCUCGUAGGAUUCGUACCGUCGGUUCUUCGUCGCCUAUUCCGUAAAGUUCCAUCCAAAAGUACAGGAACGCGGCGCGCGCGUGCGCGUUCGGUACUCUCCCGCCGAACACGGGUAGCCGACAAUGAGUUAAAAUAAUGUAGAUUAUUCGAGAGACUUGCCAGUUUCGUUGCACAGUAAUACACAAAACACAAUGUAGGUUCAGAGGGAAUAAAAAAGAAAAUAUAUUAGCAAGAAAUGUUGAUGCGCGCUACGAAAGGAAAAUCUAUAGAUUACGGAUUAACGAAUGAGUUGCGUAGCUACGUAUUUGAAAAAGUUUCACGAGAUAUCGAUGUGUAUGUAUAUAUUUUAAGUUUGUAUUAUAACUCUCCCCACUUAAUUUGUAUGAAAUGGAGAAUAUCAUUAAAAUGAUGAACGAAAA